AUGUUGGCGACGUCUCAACCAAGCCCCAGCUUCCCUCGCCCAUCUCCCUCGUCCACCUCGAUCCCAUCAUCAGCCUUCCGCCGCCCGGGCAGCAAAGAUGGCGACAAACAAGCGAUCUGGGUGCCCAUGCUCAACAGUGCAUCCAAGGGCAAGGACCUGUCCGAAAAACAACUCAUUCUCCUGGGCGGCACUCCGGACCAACAGCGCGAAUUCCUCGAACAAUUAAACCCUCCCAACCAGCGAGCGCGGUACGCCAACAACGACAGACGGCGACAACCCAGAAUAGCCCCCGUGUCAAACCGCUAUGCUCUAGGCUAUACGUAUCACGAUGUCUUGGACGCAGAUCAGGAAGACGUGCUGGCGAGAAUGAACAUCUACAUGCUGACGAAUCCCUCGGCGAACUUUGCACCACUGCUCAAGCCGCUCUUCACACCAAAGACGGUUAAAGACACGUUGAUUGCCAUCUUGCUGGACUGGUCGGAUCCCUUGAAGUGGGCGAGGCAAUUACGACAAUGGAUCCGCCUGCUCAGGGCGGUGAUAUUGACGUUGGACGAGCAGACAAAGAUUGAAAUGGAGGAAACCAUGACUGCCUGGAAGGAGAGGAGAGUUGGACCAGAUGCACCUUCUGCUCAGCCCGGCAGUGGCAGCAAUGUCACAGCGGCCGAGCAGAAAUCAAUAGUCCCACCAGGACCGGGAGAGUGGGAUGAAGGACUGGGUAUUCCACUGUGCGUGGUGUGCAUACAGGCGGAAAAGAUCCAAGUUCUGGAACGAGACUUUGGCUGGGGCGAGGAUCAGUUUGACUUCCUGAUGCAAUGGCUGCGAUGUGUCUUGCUGAAGCACGGAGCCUCGCUCGUCUAUACGGCCACCUUUGACCCAAACAACGUACGGACACUGGUGCAUUCGAGUUUGAGCAUUCAAUCCCUUUUGAAACGGGAAGUCGCCAAACACAACAUCGUCGACAGAGACAAGAUCCUGGUGCCGCCGAAUUGGGACUCGUGGGGCAAGAUUCGCAUCCUGAAAGAAGGCUUCGACCCAGAAGGCGUGGCAGAUGCUUGGUCUGUGGAAAUACAGCCCCCUCCCGAAGAGCGAUUCGAUCUCUCAUCAAAGACCUACGAUCAAGAACAAGACAGACCUCCUCAAAACCACGAUACGGAUUCAGAAUCGGCGGUCAAUCUGUUUGAAAACACCCUGCGCCGUCCCGCCGACACGCGCCCUUCAUUCCAGCCACGUACGCACGACGAAGCCGUCUCUGUCCCGUCUGUCCAAGAAUUCCUGCAGGCUCAGCACGAGAUGCUGGAAAAGCUGAAGGCGGAAGACGAGAAGGCAGAGAGGAAGUCGCGCAAAGGCGCACCUGCGCCCACAGGAGCGGGUGCAGGUAGCGUUGAAGCAAGCGGCGCUGGGGAAGAAGGGCCAAAGGGUGUGUCGAAUCCGAGAAUGGCCGAGCAUAUCGGACCGUAUCAGAUCAACGUCAACGGGAUUGAUUUCGACGCCGAGGAGGCGACACGACGCCUGAGAGAGCGGGAAAGCGAGCGGCAGAAUGCGGCGAAGCACGUGCCCACAAACGCCCCUUAUUCCCAUACAGCCGGGGGGGUCGUUGCAGGGACAGGCACUAGUACACCAAUGCGUCGGAUGGGGAGCGACCACGGUGCAGACGGGGCACAGACCCCUUCUGGCGGCGGCGCAGGCAAGCAGAGCAACGAAGCCAUGUCCCAGUUCUUUGCGAACUUGAUCAAGAAGGACAAGAGGGGCGCCGUGAGCGCAGGUGCUAGUCCCACCCGGGUUACGCCAGGAGGUAUGGGCGCCAGCCCUGCCGCUCGGGGACAUGGUGUUGGAAGUUUCGCGACCGGAGGAGAAGAGAGAAGACGCGAGUCUUGA